AUGCCGGGUAUCAUCGCUAAAUGGCAUAAGCUUUUGGAGGCCGAAAUUCUUCAACGGUCUUCUCAAGUUGUCUCUGUUGUCGGUGAUCAGGCGUAUAUCUUUGGAGGAGAAUUGAAGCCCCGUGAGCCUCGAGACAAUGACAUCCAUACUGUUUCAUUGAAUACAGACGCCACACUUACUUCCAAGUCGGCAACGUCUGAAGCCCCUUCCCCGCGUGUCGGGUCAGCAACUGCUACACUCAAUGGCAAAGUCUAUAUAUUCUCUGGUAGAGGUGGUAUCGCAAUGGCACCCAUUGAAGAGCAAGGCACAAUCUGGGAAUUUGACCCAGAUGCCUCGAGCUGGUCGCGGAUCAUUCCUUCAGGAAUAUUCCCCGCUGCGCGCAGUUACCAUGCCAUGGCUAGUGAUGGGAAAGAUACGAUUUACGUCCAUGCGGGUUGCCCUGAAAAGGGAAGACUAUCAGACCUCUGGGCAUUCAAUCUUGCCCAGAAAAAGUGGGUGGAACUGGCACCAGCAUUCGAUCCUCCACGCGGAGGUACAUCGAUUGCCUUUACAACUGGCAAGCUAUAUCGGAUGAAUGGGUUUGAUGGCAAUACCGAACAGGGCGGGAGCGUGGAUUUCUAUUCGCCUGAAACGCAUUCUUGGGCUUCGCACCUGUACACGCCUGAUGGCAAAAGUGGACCGAUUCCACGAAGCGUCAGCUCCGUUCUGCCCAUUUAUUUGAGAGGCCGGCCAUUUUUAAUCACUUUGUUCGGUGAGCGGGACCCUAGUUCGCUGGGCCAUCAAGGGGCAGGGAAGAUGUUGAGAGAUAUCUGGGCAUUUGAUAUUGAGAACAAGAAAUGGGAGGAAGUUUCGGUUCAAGGCAGUGGGGUUCCUCUUGCACGGGGGUGGUUCGAUGCUGAUGUCCUUGGAACGACCACAGUUAUCGUUCAUGGUGGGCUGGGAGAAUCGAAUGAUCGACUUGGGGAUGUUUGGAAACUCGAAUUUGUUUAA